GCUUCUCAGCCUCUCCGACGACCGUAGCCACGCCGUCUCCUCGUCCUCGACCUGCCGGAGCUCUCCUCUCACUUCCAGUCCCCUCGUACCCUUCGCAGAUCCGCUCUCUGCUUCCUCGGAAGCUCCACACCGCCGCGAAGCUAUGCUCGCCGCGGCCGCAGUCGCGGCGUGUCCUCCCGCGGUGUUGUCUUCUCCGGUCAGCAUGACCAGGAGGUUUUCUUGGAGCUGUAGAGCAGAACGGAUUUCAGCUGGGUACUCCCAAUUGGAGGUUAGAAAAGUCAGCUACCGACCUCCUGGAACCGAGCAAAACUUGUUGAAUCAAACUAGUCUUUCUCUCCAGGAGAAAAGUUUUGGCUUGAUAUUUGGACGGAGUGGGAGUGGAAAGACUACUCUCUUACAGCUUUUGGCCGGUCUAUCAAAACCUACAUCUGGUUCAAUUUGCAUUCAGAAGUAUGAUGAUAGUGGAAAUCCGAUGGGUCCGUCAGAAUUAUUAGCUUCUCAAAGAGUCGGUAUUGUUUUUCAGUUUCCUGAGAGGUACUUCUUAUCAGAUACUAUACUUGAAGAAGUUACUUUUGGAUGGCCGAGGCAAAAGGCAGACAGUCUUUUGAGGAAGCAACUCACUUCAAAACUCCAAAAUGCCAUUAACUCUGUUGGUAUGAGUGCCAUUUCAUUGGAUAAAAAUCCACAGUCUCUCAGUGGUGGGUUCAAGCGACGACUUGCUUUGGCAAUUCAACUGGUUCAGACUCCUGAUUUAUUGUUGCUUGAUGAGCCUCUUGCUGGUCUUGAUUGGAAAGCUCGGGCUGAUGUUGUGAAUCUCCUGAAGGCCCUAAAGAAAGACCACACGAUACUGGUUGUAAGUCAUGACCUAAGAGAACUAUACCCACUUGUAGACCGCUCAUGGAGAAUGGAAAUGGGGGGAAUUUUGAAGGAGGAAUCUUUACCUGUGUAAUAUGCUUUUGUUCGAAUAAUUGUCAAGCAUGCAGUGCUGUUUACGAGGAGUCCCCAUUUCAGGUAUCGACGUAAGAUUAACUGCUUCACUAGGCUUAACACUAGAAGGUAAGACGCGCUUUGCAUUGUCGUGGUGGUCGAUAUGACAAAUAAUUUCAUGUCAGCAAGCUUUUUAUGUAGUGUCUUAGAUUUGUAGGCCAAAGAACAUACAUCCAAAUAUAGACAAAUCUAUGACAUCCUUUUAUGGACGGAGGAAGUAUUAGUAAUAAUAAGAAGAAAUGGGAUAUACGUAUAUAAUAUCAAAAGAUGUAAACAAAGGAAUGCAUGCCUUGUCUCAAUCAUUUGUAUAUGUUUAUGCUGGCAAAACAACACCCAUCAGCGAAACAAAACUACUCCCAUCAACAAAGUAUAUAAAUGUAAAGCGAACUAAGUGAGGGAUGAAGUACAAAUUGAAUCUUUGAUAAGAGGAUGUGGACUGAAUAAGAAGACCCAUGGUAAUCCAAUUACAGGAGACAAGGCUUUUUAAACAAGUCACUUACAGAAUGACAGCUACUUUGUUCAAUAUGGGGACAGCAAAGGGACCCUCAUAUGCUGUUUAAGCUUUGUAUGACAUCUGUCUCGCAUAUUGGUAUACUCAUUUGAAUGAGUUAAACUUGACUAAACUAUAACCGGCUAGCUACUUACCCUGAAAAAGAUCCCUCAAAGGGUGUUUAGUUUGUUUGUCUUGUCUUGAACAGCUCGAAAUU